UAUCCAACUAAAGAUGGCGCCUUGCGGUGUUCUACACAUUUGCAUCUUGCUGGGCCGGCGGCGUGUGUGAAAACUACUAGCACUGAAAGUCAACCUUGUUUCACUAUAUUCAACGAAUAUGCCUACUUAAAGCAGGCAGCCAGGACUGCCCGGUGAUUAGUGCGAGUCUUAAUCUUUCGGUGUGCAGAAAGGAAUUAAAAGAACGAUCCCCUCUGUCUUCUUCCUCCACCGACUGGUUCCGAAACCCUCGCUAACUCGGCCCACUUAAAGUAAAUUAACAAUAGGCCGGAGUAAGGAAUUGUGGUGGCUUGCAAUUAUUCCGGAGAAAGGAUUAGAAGAAAAAUACUUAAAGAUGAAUAAAGUGGAUUACAUGGAGGUGACUUUACCAAAUUAUUCGUACGUCUUCAAUUUCGAAGAGACUUUCAGUCCGGCGGAAACUCAACAAUGGAUGAUCAAGAAUUGGACAAAUGGUUUUUACUAUUGUGGCAUUUACAUGAUCUUGAUUUUUGGAGGACAACAUUAUAUGUCGAAUAGGCCAAAGUUUGAGCUAAGAGGCGCACUUACUGUAUGGAAUACAGUGCUCGCGAUCUUCUCCAUUAUUGGAUUUACUAGAACAGCACCAGAGUUGAUUUAUGUGCUAAGGAAUUAUGGUUUUCAUUAUAGUAUUUGUGUACCUAGCUUCAUUGAAAGAAAUUGUGUAUCAGGCUUUUGGACAUGGAUGUUUGUCCUAUCAAAGCUUCCAGAACUAGGCGACACGAUCUUUAUUGUGCUACGAAAACAGCGUUUGAUCUUUUUACAUUGGUAUCAUCAUACUGUUCUUCUAUACGCAUGGUUCUCUUAUACAGAAUAUGCAGCAACUGCUAGAUGGUAUAUUGUUAUGAACUAUUUUGUUCACUCCAUAAUGUAUUCGUAUUAUGCUCUGAAAGCGAUGCGCUACAGACCACCACAGUGGAUUGCCAUGCUGAUCACUUCGCUGCAGAUAAUGCAAAUGGUAAUGGGUGUCAUUGUAAAUAUUAGAGCUUUCCAAUAUCUGGAAGGCGGUAAGAUCGACUGUCACAUUUCGCGUGUCAAUGUGACGCGGUCUCCUAUAUACUUUAGUUAUUUUAUUCUUUUUGCUAAAUUCUUCCAAAGCUCUUAUCUAAAUGCUAGCCGUGCUACCAAAGUCGCGAAAAAGAGUUACGUUAACGGAACAGAAGAAUACGAAAAGCUCAAGGCUAAUUAAAGCACACUACAUUUUUCUUUUCUUUUCUUUUCUUUUCUUUUCUUUUCUUUUCUUUUCUUUUCUUUUUCGGAAACUUUUUCGAAAGACACUGAGAAUUAUGCUUUUGGAAAACACAUACCUUUCAAAAGUAGGCUUUCGAGAAAUAUCCUUUGGAAAGAAUUUUUUUUUAACUCUUUAUUAACGACACAAACAAAGUCGUACACAAGUUGUGGUAGGGUGAAAGUGAUGGUAAUGCGUUAUUCAAACAUAUAGCACACUGAAUUUUAUAAUAUUAAAUGUUGCACACUGAAUUUAGUAAUAAAUUUUAUGAUAAUUUAUUUAACAUAUUUCGUGUUAAAUAUCUUAUCGACGAAUAAAGAGCUUCUUACUUAGAGGUACCUCAUCAAAAUAUUUUGUUCCUAAAAACAAUUUCUGAAGACAUUUUUUCUUCUUCUUCUUCUUCUUCUUCUUCUUUCUUCUUCUUUUUUAAAAUAUUUUUUCUUCUAAUACCUCUUCGUCGAGUUGGAUAUGUAUAUUGUAAAACCUUAGGUAGAACGAGGAGGAAGACAUAAAAUUAUAUUUAAUAUCAAAAGAAUAUAUUUGUUAAACGUAAUAUACAUAUUUCACACGAAAAGAAAUUUUUCAUAUAUUUAUUGUUAUACAUAUAGUAAAUGUGUUCAAGUAUCGCUUUAAUCGACAACACAGACAAUUCUUCUGAAAUCUCGUUCUACCAGAAAAAUGUAAAAAAUAUCACGUGACACGUGCGUUCAUUAAGCGUACGUACCUCGAAAACGAGCUAGAAAAUAUUCUUUGUAGAAAAUAGUAAAACAAAGAUAAUAAUCAGGGAUCGAUAUCGCAUAAAUAUCUUGCAUUGUUUCGUUUGAUCAUUCCUGAUCGUUAGACGGAAAAAGGCAAGAAACCGAAGAGAAAAAAAAAAAGAAAAAAAAACAUUUAUAUUUACUAUUUUCUAUUACGAUUAUUUUAUGCUGUUAGGAUUAAUAAAAUGGGCUGCUUAUUCGUAUCUGUAAACCUUCAGGUUGCAGCCAACCUUGCAGAAACCGUUUAUUUUGUUAAUGUCUAACUUUUCUAUAACAUAAUAUUCCUUUCUAAACAAGGUUUUUGUAUAAAUUAUCUUAUUUAUAUUUAUUCGUAUACUUAAAUCAUUGAAACUCAUACGAUAAUAGAACCUGAAUUUAUUUUAGAUUACUUGCGUAUUAUUAUAAGAAAUACAUCAAGUUCAGUUUCUGUUGCAUAUACAUAUACUUACUAUAUACAUAUAUACAUAUAAAUACGCGUACAUAUGAAGGUAUAUGUUAAAAAUGUUGUCAUUCUAAGAAGCGAUAAGUUUUAAAACUCACAAUUUUUCACCGAGGAUGCAGCGAAUAAUAGCUUCGUAAGAAUAAAAAGAAGAGAAAAAGAGAACGUUUCAAUAAUAAUGGUCCCUUCUUUGUAAUUUUAUAUACAUACAAUAUCAAUUAAUAGACAUCUUUGUAGGGAUGGUCGCCCUUGAAACAUAAACUGAUCGAUUCUAGUCGCAUGGUCAGGAUGAAAGCAUUUGUUAAGUGAAAUGAGAGUGUAUUAGAAAAAAAUAUCUUUAUAUUUAAAAUAAAACAAUUAUCCAUGCCGCUGAUCGACGCGACGCGCAGUUAUAUAUCCGAAAUUGAUUAACUAUCUUAUUAUUUUUUUUAACACUUUCUACUAAACCGUGUUUCUUUUCUCUCUUUUUUUUUCAAUUUUCUUUAAUAAAUUACCAUAUUGCUUCUAAUUCGCACAAAUAUUACCAAUAGGGGGCAUGAAUACGAUUAAUAUAUGUAUAUUAUCAGUAUCAUUUACAAAUUCUCCCAUUUACUAUUUCACUUACAAACUGAUUUUCGGAUAAUUUUAAUUAUGAUUAAUACAUAGCUCUUUAAUAGGUAGCGAAUUUGUAAAAAAACCAAUAGUAAUUAUUACAGCCUGCGCACCAACUUCCUUUUCUUUGUUCAACUCAAAAUAUUCCUGAUAGUUUUUAAAUAAAAUAAAAUAAAAUAACAAAAGGAUAUCGCGGUUCAACGAAAGGCACAAUAGUUGAUUAUUUAUCAAUAAAUAUUGCCAAAGUAUGUACUACUACUAUGCUCGAUUCAAUAAUUGAAAUACUUAAAUAAUUAUUACACUAACGAUGAUAAUGGUCAAAUAUACGCGUUUCAUUUGGUGGAUAAGAAUUGAAUUGUUCGUAUGAAAAUAUUUAUGUACCCCCAAGUUAUCUGUAACAAAAAAAAAAAAAGAAAGAAAAAAGAGUACGAGUUUAUAGGAAAUCCUUUCUAACAAUGCAUCGAUUACCGAUAAACAUAAGUAUGAAUUAAGAAAUCUUCAAUUGUUUAAUUUAAUAUUAUUAAAUUGAAGCAUUAUUGCAAAUCAGUCUAAUCAUAAUUCCGACAAGAACAGAAAAAGAAACCUGCUUUUCGUAAUUGAUACAGGUAGCACUGCGAUUAAACACUGUAUUUACUCUGUCAUUGGAAAUGUUAUAAUUACCGAGUUAUUUUUCUGCAAGUAAUUGUAUAACAGUUCCAAGUGAAAGAAAUUUUUUAAAAAGAAACGAGAAAUAGUUUUUUAGGAGACAAACGAGUAAUAAAAGUUAGAGAUUAAAACGUUGUUAAAUUAAGUAGAACAUGAAUUUUCACUUAGAA